ACUGAAGAUUCUCCCCUUUUUCUGCUUUUACAUUUAUUUACAUUUAAAGUGACAAAACAGAUUUUUAUUCUUUAUUCCAACUUUCAGUCUGAGGUCAGAGUCCUGAAGCCUCSAACUGAUCCACAACCCCGAAAACACCUUUUUACAUUUUUCACAAUAAAAGCAUCAAAAGACAGGUUCUGGUCCGCUCCUUUACAGUCCCACUCCUUCAGAACUUUCAACAAACUUUAGUCUGAUCAAAUUAUUUGGACUGUUUUGUUGUAAAGUCGAGAAGGAAGCUGACAUUUUUGGUUUUUGUGGCUCGGAGGCGGAGCUCUGAAACAAACAAAUCAGAAAACGAUACAAAAUACUUUGUUCUUAAAAAAUCUAAAGAACGUCCCGACUGCAGCUUUCACUGCACACACUGGCUUUUCAGUGCAGAAGAACCGGACCACACCUGGACCAGGUGUGGGCCAGGUGUGGAGCAGGUGUGGGCCAGGUGUGGAGCAGGUGUGGGCCAGGUGUGGAGCAGGUGUGGGCCAGGUGUGGACCAAGUGCAGACCAGACCUGGGCCAGGUAUGGAGCAGAUGUGGGCCAGGUGUGGAGCAGGUGCAGACCAACCCUGGGCCAGGUGUGGGGCCAGGAGUGGACCAAGUGCAGACCAGACCUGGGCCAGGUGUGGGCCAGGUGCAGACCAGCCCUGGGCCAGAUGUGGAGCAUGUGUGGAGCAGGUGUGGGGCCAGGUGUGGACCAAGUGCAGACCAGACCUGGGCCAGGUGCGAACCAUGUUUGGAGCAGGUGUGGGGCCAAGAGUGGACCAAGUGCAGACCAGACCUGGGCCAGGUGCGGACCAUGUUUGGAGCAGGUGUGGGGCCAGGUGUGGACCAAGUGCAGACCAGACCUGGGCCAGGUGCGGACCAUGUUUGGAGCAGGUGUGGGGCCAGAUGUGGAGCAGGUGGAGACCAGACCUGGGCCAGGUGUGGACCAUGUUUAGAGCAGGUGUGGGGCCAAGAGUGGACCAAGUGCAGACCAGACCUGGGCCAGGUGUGGGCCAGGUGUGGACCAGACCUGGGCCAGGUGUGGAGCAGGUGUGGGCCAGGUGCAGACCAGACCUGGGCCAGGUGUGGAGCAGGUGUGGAGCAGGUGUGGGACCAGGUGUGGACCAAGUGCAGACCAGACCUGGGCCAGGUGUGAACAAGGUGUGGGCCAGGUGUGGAUUAGGACAGCUCUACCACCUGCCUCACAUGAACACCUGCACACCUGAGUGAGGAGGAGCCAGUUWUUAACCUCUGUCCAGUGGCUCAGCAGAUAUUUUGCUAACAGACAGAAACUCUACAUCCAGUUUUAAAUAAAGAUGAAGUUGUUUUUCAGCUGGUUUGGUUUAAAAAACCCAACAAGUCCAGCAGGAGGUUCUGAGGUCAGCUGCAGGUCUCAGUGUUCCACACCACAUCCUUCUGGACCGGACCUCACUGGUUCCAGGUCCUGGUCCUGGUCCUGGUUCUGGAGUCUGGUUUGGUCUUUUAACUUUAGGCUGAAACAAGUUAAAUCCUGAACCCAGCAGGAAGAAAUACAGGACCUGCAGAACCAAACCAGAACCUUCAGAACCACGAACACAAAGACCUGGGUCAGUUCUGGUCUGGUGUUGGACCUCACAGCUCAGAACCUGAAGUCCAGAACCUGAAGUCCAGAACCUGAAGUCCAGAACCUUCUGUUUCAUAGCAUCAAACGGCCAAAUAACUGUUUUCACUGAGGUUUCUUUAGUGUUGGCAGCAGCUCCAGGAGGUUCUGUGGACCUGCAGCUGAUCUGAGGCAAGAGGAACAUGGACCCAGGAGUUCUGCUCAACC